CUUUUUUUCUUUCUUUCUUUCUAUUUCUUUUUCAUUCUUUUUUUUUUAUCUUCCUUGAAUAUUAUAAUAUCCUUUUAUUGUUUUUACCCAUCUCUCUCCUUCUUUUAAAAUGGCACUGGCGCAUCGUGGCCAACGAGGAGCUCCUACCACGAUUUUUACAACCACCAAACUCUCUCCUCGACAAGUGGCCACCAAAGCACUGACGUUAGGAUGCAAAAAACUCGAUCGUGAUGAUAAACGAAGUCGACCACAAUACAAUGUACGUGAACGUCUCUUAUUAUGCAACACCAUUGCCCAUGCUGAAGAAGUAUUAAACAAACGAACAAGACGGACAAAUCGACGGGUCAUGGCUGCGGAGGAUGACGAAGAAGAUCACCAAUUCGAUACAACAGGUACUUCUAGUCAACAUAUGGAACACUUUAAACAUCAUCAACAGCACCAACAGCAACAACAACAACAUCAUGAAGAACAUUCUCCAUUAAGAUCAUCCUCAUUAAGUGACGACGAAGAAGAAGAAGAAGAAGAUCAGCUGCCACAACAACUGAUAGUCUCUAAUAGUAAUGAUAGUGACGGAUAUCUGAAUUCAAACUUAUUGACUGAACGAGAUUGUCGAAGGUUAGUCAAACAUCCUAUGGGUGCUCCUAUUGUGGCCUUAUGAAACCUUUUUUUUUUUUUGUUACCCCUGUCUUUUAUUAUCCCCCCAUUCUUAUACAUAGUAUUAUCAUCUACAUCUUAUUUGUUAUUCAUUUUAUUCUUUCAUUAUUAUCAUUUUGCAUCUUCAUUGUAUCAUAUUCUUCCUCUCCUUUUUUUUUUUUU